AAACUACUCUAAUGAAAACCAAGGAGAAAGAUGUCUGCGCCCAGAGAAACUCGACCUUGUUUUGAGAUCGUAACAUCAUGAACUAACUACACAACAAAGCUGUAAACUUAAACUUUGAAGACAGAUGUCACUUCUCAGUUUGUUCCACUAUCGUCCUCUUUUAGCAGCUAGGUGCCUGAAAAUUCCUGCAGUUGCGGCGAGCUCGUGGCAGUCUCAAGAUGUCAGGUCGACAUUUAUUGAGUUUUUCCAAAAUGAGGGUCACCAGUUUGUGCCCUCUUCUUCCGUUCUGCCCAAGAAAGGAGCCGGGACGUACUUCACUAAUGCUGGAAUGAAUCAAUUCAAGCCGCUGUUCCUGGGAGAAAUAGAGCCGUCUCGAUGGUCACCUCCAGUGACGCGUGCUGUAAACAGUCAAAAGUGUAUCAGAGUUGGAGGGAAGCACAAUGACCUUGAAGAUGUCGGGAACGACCUUACUCACCAUACGUUCUUUGAGAUGCUCGGUAACUGGUCUUUUGGUGACUACUUUAAGGUAGAGGCAUGCAAGAUGGCGCAUCAUCUGUUGACAGACAGGUACAAGCUUCCGUUAGACCGGCUUUACUUCACAUACUUUGCCGGGGAUCGAGAUCAUGGGCUUGAAGCUGACCUUGAAGUCAGAGACAUUUGGAUGUCUUUGGGGUUCGUUGUUUUUGUCUUUGCUCUUUGUGUUUUUCUUGAUGAAGUGGAGCUAAUUUCUUAG